GACUACGACUGUUGAACGCAACAUGGACCCUAAGCCGAACAAGAUGAACAGUUUUUUGCUUUUAGUUCUGUUGGCUGUUUUGAGCACCGCUUAUGGCCUUAGGUGUUAUCAAUGCUCUGGUAAAGAGGCCGACUGCACCAAGGAAAUACUUGAAGGAAACAAAACAAAAUACACAGUGACCUGUACUACAGGUGCGGAUACGUGCAUGAGGAUGUGGGGCCAGAUGGAGGGUGAUGACAUCUCCGUUACGAACACUUGCUCGACAAAGCAAUCCUGUGAUGAAGUAAAAAAGAAAUGUGAAGACAAUGAGCUGAGAGAUGAAAAUGACCAAAAAUUAAAGAAGUGUGCCAUCGCCUGCUGUAGCUCAGACGAAUGUAAUGGCAGUUCUAAAGUUUCCCUCGGCAUGAUCUUGAUGGCAGCCUGCUCCAUCUUCGGCCUGGCACUGAUAAAGUGAAGUAGAAGACAAUGCAACUCCACUGGCAGCAUUUUACACGUAUACACCAGGAACAAGUUUCUUUAGUCAAUCAAUUCACAAAAAUUUUGCACUCAUUUCUAUUGAAAACCGUCAGGUUGUCUGAAUAAAGAUUUAAAUUCUGCACAGAAAAUAUUCCGAGUAAAAUUUUCUUUUAGCUUUGCGAUAUGAUACUCGCAUUCGAAAUUAAUAAAUACUAAACCUGGUGGUGUAUUUAGAUGUAAAGAAGUAUUUUACAAGGAAGCCAUUUCAGUGCAACUCCUGAACGGCGGCUUGACCGCGCGUUGCUUUCCUUUGAAAGGAAAUAAAUAUAUUUUUAUCUCUGA